UACCAGAGUCAAGUGCAGGGACGACAUUGAGUGACAGACCAAUUAUCAUCUUCCGGUCAAGUAGCUUUCCAAGUCUCAUGCCACUCAUUGGCUUCUAUUCAAUCAACACCAGAAGCUAUUUCGCAUCCUUCACCUGGAAGAACACCAAGGGGAGCAAGAACAAGGUGCGCCUCUGGAUAUACAACUCAGAGGAUGACAGGCCAGUGUCAGAGAAAGAUUAUGCCAUGGAGGAAGACCCAAAGGUUGUCAACAUCAUCUACAUCUCCUGCCGGCAUCUUUUUGUGGCCUACUGUGAUGACAUCCACUUGCGGUUUUUCAGUGACCACCGUCAGAACUUCAAGCUGCUCUCAGCAAUGAGCUCCCCCUAUGUGAUCACCAGCAUGUGCUACAACCCUGAGAUGGAUGAGCUGGUGACAGGUGCCAUUGGUGUAGUAGUCUUCUGGUCCUUUAUCAUGGAGGAGGCCCACUUCUUGGGCAUGACACAGGAAAUGCAUAUUGUGAGUGGUGAGUUUGUGCAGUCUCUCAGAGUGGAACAGGAGCGCAGAGCACUGGUGGUCUUGUGCGAAAAUAUUAUUCGUGUGUUUGAUUACCAAACCAAGGCUGAGAUCCGCACCUUCCAGGUGAUCCAAGGUGUGUCCCUCACCUGCUUUUCUGCCAAUUGGCUCCAGGGCCUUCUCUAUACCGGAGACAUGGUUGGGGACAUCAAGGUGUGGAAUUUUGAUACAGGGAGCCAGAGCAAACAAUUCAAGGCCCACCUGAGUGCCAUUACCACCAUGGUCAAACGAGUCUCAGUGCACACCCUCAUGACUGCAUCACUGGAUGGACUGCUGAAAGAAUGGAACCUGACCACCUGUGAACUUAUCCGGCGUGUGGACAUUGGAGAGCCACUCCUUCAGUUGCAGUUCAUCAAUGAACAGACCUUCUUUCUCCAGACCCAACACACAUUUUCUAUUCGUACUCUCAACAAUUUCUACCAGCUCUUCAACAAGACCAAAUCCAUCCUCAAGAACCUGGUGCGUGUGCAGUGUGGUCCAGAUAAGGCUCGCAUUCUAGCAACCACUGAAGACGGAGUCAUCCGCUUCCUGUCCCCUGUUACAGGAGAGAUGCUCUUUGUCACCUGGCCCUUCCAAAUGCUGGAAAAGGCCCUGGACUACGUUUAUGACCCAGAGCGAGAGGAACUAUUGGUGACAAUGGGCACAACUGAUAUCUAUGUGCUGGACACUACCAAGAACCCCUGUCCAGCCAAAUACAUAUUGCGCACCACAGAGAGCAUGGAGGAUAAGGUCCUUUGCCUGGCCUACAGCCGCUUAGACCUGGGCGGCCACACCGUCAGUUUCAUUUUCAGUGGAUAUAAGAGCGGGAAGGUCCGCACUGUCACCCAGCAUCUGUAUCGGAUGAGAGAUCGCAGAUUGCAUGAUGGCAAUGUGAUGGCAAUCAGCAGCCUCUCAGCCGCAGGGAACCUGUCAUACCACUCACGGGAAUCCUCCUACCUGUGCUCCUAUGGCUCAGAUGAAUAUAUCAUCCUCUCUGAUGUUAUCUUAAAAAAGAACCACUUUCUGGAGAUAGAACCUUUGGUUGUCAUCCCCAGCACCAACUGCCGGAUCAACCACCUUCUUCUCAUCCCUGGCUACAUCUGUGUCCUGACAGAACAGAACCGGGUUCGGCUUUGGAGCCAGGCAGACCUGGUCCCCGGCAAGAAGAAUCCCUUCUGGAAGGAGUCUGAUGUCAUGCACCCCACCUCCAUCACAUCAUUUGACUAUUGCCACACCCUUAGCAUGCUGGUGACCGGUGGUGCUGAUGGCUCUAUCCGCAUCUGGGACAUCCUGGGGCAGAUGCUGGUGGAGUUUGAUACCAGCCUCAAAUUCAGCCGUGUCUGCUUUGCUAACCAGUGUGGGGAUCUGCUGGUGGGCUGCAACAAGAACAUCUACUUCAUCUCAUGUGUCACAUACCUGCCCACCACACACGUCAGAAUGCUGUCAGAUCGGUGUUUGAAGGAUGAUGUGGUGGAACGCCCACUGCCCUUUCUGCCCCAUUUCCUGCUUUCCUUUAAUAUCGUUUUUGUCCCCAAGUACCGCCAGGUGGGCAAGCAGGCAAAGAAGUAUGAACGACUGGAGCCCAUCACGAACAACAAGGAAGUGGUGAUAGAGAAGAACGUGGCCAGAGUGAUGGAGUUCUGCGGCAAGGAGGCAUGCCUCCUUCCCAGCCCAGAUUUUUACGGAAUUGCACCUUCCAUAAAGGAGAAGUAUCCAGAGUUUUCUGUGGAAUAUAAACUCAUCCAGCAGCCAAGCUUCCAAUCAAGUCUGGAGAUGUCUGCUUCAGCUGAGCCUCACCAUAGGCUCCCACCACUGGCUGAGGGCAUGCCGGUGCUCCGCAGGAUACCCAUCCAGCAUGGGCACUUGUGGCCCAUUGCACCUGAUGGCUAUAUUCCCAAUUCAGUGAUUCGAGCAGAAUUGUUUCAAAGGGGGACACCCUUAGCCCUCCCACACUCCUUGCAUACUCCAAGGCAGGUCCUGCCACUGCGGAAAGUAUUUAAGAUCCAGUUGGAAGAACGGACUGACUCUGAGCGUAUUGAGAAAGCCCGGAAGAAAAAGGCACAGAAGGCAAUGCAAAAUACAUUUGUGUCUGCUGAGGUCCAGCACCAUCGGGAUUUGCUGGCAGAAAUCGUGACCAAGCCUUGGCUGCGGCACAAACCCAGUGAGAUAAACCUGCCCUGCGUUGUCAAAACCAUUCUGGACCUGAUAGACGAUGUGCCUUACACCACCUAUUUGCUGUGCACUUCUGCCCUUGUCCAGAUUUCUGAGGCAUACAUGCUGCCACCUGAAGUCAAAAAAUUGGCCUUUGCCCGUCUCAUACAGGACACAAAACACAAGGAGGCGAGGAUGAGAUUAGCAGCUUGGGAGACACUUGGAAAGAUGAACCUGUUGACUGAUACAGAAGUGGUGUCGCUGGCCCAAGCCCUACUGGAUGAGAACAAUAAAGUGCGUAACCUGGCUCGAUCCCUGCUAGACUCUGUUGCUGGCAUCACCGACAAGUUUGUCCUGAAGAAGGAGGUGCAGCGGCUGACAGAAGGAAGCGAGGACGACUUGACAAGUGUAAUCCAUGGUCCAGAAGACAAAUUCUCUCUCAGGGUGCAUGAGAAGCAGCAUGAAGCUGAAGAAGGGGCAUUAUGGCUGAUGAAUCGUGUUGAAGACCAGCUGAAUGCUAAUCUGUUCCUGAUGAACGAGCAUCUCCCAACACAAACCCGACUCAUACGCCCGCCCCAUUCCCGGCGCAGGUUCAUGCCUCAGGGAAAACGUGAUAGUUUGGCUGAAAAAACCAAACAGGAAAGAAGGGGCAGUUUGGCUGAAAAAACCAAACAGGAAAGAAGGGGCAGUUUGGCUGAAAAAACCAAACAGGAAAGAAGGGGAAGUUUGACUGAAAAAACCAAACAGGAAAGAAUGGACAGUUUGACUGAAAAAAACAAACAGAGUAUGGGGUCACAGGCCCGGUGGCUGGGACCUGCUGUCAAGCAUGUGCGGAAACCUCCUCAGAGCUCAAAUGCCUUUGAUGUUGCCAAGCGGCUCCCUCCAGAGAGGCUUCCUAAGAUGCAAUUGGCACCUGAAAAGGUUGUGAUAGCUGCAAAGGGGAGUGAUGAAUUGCUAGCAAAGAGCAGCAGCAGCAGUAGCAGCAGCAGCAGCAGCAGCAGCACAAGCACUAGCAGCAGCAGCAGCAGCAGCAGCAGUGCUGCCAUGUCGCAUGCAGAGCAGCCUGCCAAGACAUUCCCUAGGACUAGAGGAAAGCAGCUCUGGCUCAAGGCCUCUGAGUCCCUUCCCCAGAAGGCCCAGAGGGUCCAGACAUUCCAGAAGCUGCCCAAAUUAGGCCAGCCCAUCAUCUUGCAGCAGAAAGACAGUCGCACACAGGUCUAUCGUGAAAUGCCAAAGCACCAGCUUGACAAGAAGAGGGAUCAGCAUGCCAGGAAAGAGCAGGAAGGAGUGACAGUGGACACCAAGCAGCCUAAACCUAGCAAACUUACAUCUCCUCUGUUGCCACCUGUGACUUCCAGAGGUAGCCUCAUUGACCCUAAAGAGCAGUACAGCACUGAUACGUCCACUUGGCGCAGAGACCUCCUGAAGCUGCUUAUGCUUCGCAUUGCCCCCUCGCCUGACAUGAGCACUGUGAUUGAAGACUUAGUCACCUCAGCCCGGAGGGCCCUGAGUGGCCAUACCAUGUCCUUGGCAUCCUUAUUAGUCCUAUGCGAGCCCAUCCUCACUUCUCAGGAGCAAACUACCCCUGAAUUAGAGAGGCAGAAAGAGUUGCUGAAGCCCUUUGUUAGGGAGUUGUUGUCUGAAGUAAGCAGUAAGACAAAGGUGUUUCUGAAGGAGGAAGGACAACCUAUCUCAAAGAAUGUCAUUGAGAAACCUGAAGGACCUGGCAGCCUGGAGGACCGGGCUUGGGAAGUGGAAGAGACAGAGGAAGAGAAAACUGCAAUGAGGAAGAAGCAGCCAGAGUCAGGAGUAGAAGUCAGCAAGCAGAAAAUAGCAGCCUCCCAAAAGAGGUGGAGGAAGGCCAUGAUAAAAACAAAAAAGAAAGGGGCUGGCAGAGGGGAAGAAAUAGCUAAAGAGGAAGAGGAAGAGGUGCUUCAAAGCAAGGAACUGGCUAAGGGGAAAGAACUGGAGACAGCCAAGGCAAAAGGACGAGAAGUAGCCAAGGGAAAAGAACAGGAGGCAGUCAAGGGGAAAGGACUGGAGGUGGCCAAGGGAAAAGGACUGGAGGCGGCCAAGGGAAAAGGACCGGAGGCGGCCAAGGGAAAAGGACCGGAGGCGGCCAAGGGGAAAGGACCGGAGGCGGCCAUGGGGAAAGGACAGGAGGCGGCCAUGGGAAAAGAAGAGGAGGCGGCCAUGGAGAAAGGACAGGAGGCGGCCGUGGGGAAAGGAGAGGAGGCGGCCGUGGGGAAAGGAGAGGAGGCGGCCGUGGGGAAAGGAGAGGAGGCGGCCGUGGGGAAAGGAGAGGAGGCGGCCGUGGGGAAAGGAGAGGAGGCGGCCGUGGGGAAAGGACAGGAGGCGGCCGUGGGGAAAGGACAGGAGGCGGCCGUGGGGAAAGAAGAGGAGGCGGCCGUGGGGAAAGGACAGGAGGCGGCCGUGGGGAAACGAGAGGAGGCGGCCGUGGGGAAAGGACAGGAGGCGGCCGUGGGGAAAGGAGAGGAGGCGGCCGCCGAAAUGAAAACAGGGGAGCUGGCGGGCAUGAAAGAAGAGAUGACUGAGGAGAAAGAGGAGACACUGGCCAAGGUGAUAGAGGAGGUAGUGGCCAGGGCAAAGAAAAGGGCACUGGUAGAGGCAUCAGAGAGGGUGGUAGCUGAGGUGACAAGUAGAGCUCUGGCUGGUGUGAGGGAGAAGGCACUGGCUCAUGCACAAGAGAUGACACUGGCUGAAGCACUGGAGAAGGCUCUGGCUGAAGCACGAGAGAUAGCUCUGGCUGAAGCACGAGAGAUGGCUCUGACUGAAUUGAAGAGCAGGGCACUGGAUGAAAUGAGGGAAGAGUUACUGGAAGAGGCAAAAGGGAUAGCACUGGCUGAGGCAUGGGAGAGGGACCUGGCUGCAGUACAAAAUAUAACACUAGCUGGUGAGAGGGAGAAGGUGCUAGCUGAAGCCAAAUUGAUGGUGCUGUCCGAGGGGAAAGGGGAAAUAUUGGCUGCAGCAAGGAUAAAGGAGCAGGCUGAGGUACGAGCAAUGGAAAUGGCCAGGGCCAGAGCUAUGGAACUGGUCAAGGAAAGAGAAACUAAAGUGGAUGAGGCAAGAGUUUUGGAACUUACUGCAAGAGCGAUGGAGCUGGCUGAAGAAAGAGAAAUGGAACUGGCUGAAGCAAGUGCGACAGAACUGGCCGAGGCAAGAUUAUGGGAGCUAGUUGAAGAAAAAAUAAAGCAGGUAGUUGAGGCAAAAGCAGAGGAGCUGGCUGUGUCAAAAUUAAGGGAGGUGGACUUGGAGGAAGAAAGACAAACAAGGGAGAGACUAACCUUUGAGAGAGAAGAGGCUGACCUGCAGGAAGCUGAACCUGAUCAGCGAGAGACUGGCCUGCAUGUAGCUGACCUGCGAAAGACUGGCCUACAAGAACCUGACCUGUGGGAAGCUGGCCUGCAGGAAAGUGAAUUGCAAGGAACUGGCCUGCGGGAAGCUGGCCUAUGGAAACCUGACCAGCAGGAGGCUGGUCUGUGGAAAACCGAUCUUCAGAAGGCUGGCCUGCAGGAAGCUGACCUGUGGGAUGCUGGCCUACAGGAAACAGACCUGCAAAAGGCUGGCCUGCAGAAAACUGACCUGUGGGGUGCUGAUCUGCAGGAGGACAUAGGCAUUAGGACAUUAUCUAAGGAUGAAAGAGAGGCAUUAGUUGCCAUGUGGGAGGAGGAACAUGCUCAAGAUAGAGAACUUGAUUUUCCAGGUCGUGCUCAGUUGCUUCUGGACACCCUGACUAAGCCAGAGAAGCUCGAGGUCAUUGACUCUAAGACAUAUCAGCACCUUUUCCAAGUGGCUUCACUGCUUCAGUUCCCUCCCACAGCUGAUGCCAAGGAACUGGCUGAUGCUUUGCUACAAAAAACAGAGGAAAUUUUGAAGGAAGGUAGGGAGAAGCAGGAACACUUAUCCAAAGAAUCCACUUUUGUUUUGAUGAAGCUAAAGGAAGCAAUGGAGGCCCACCAGCCCUGGUACACUAACGUUAAGAAGUUUGAGGUCAACAUUAGGACGCUGCUGAAGACUGCUCUGUCUGUGUUGAGGGCUCAGACUAUGAAAGAGCAGCUGACAAGAGACGUCAAGGAGAAGUCUUGGUGGAAGAAAGCUGAGAAGGAAUGGAAGGAGGGUGACAGCACAUUAAUGAGUAAGAGGGCCUGGCUGGACAAGAUGGUCAGGAUCACCACUGAAAAGUGGCAUGCUAAACAGGAAAGGGCUGAAAAGGAAAGAUUAGAACAGCGGCACAAGGAGAAGCGCCUCCAGCUCAGAUCACAACCCAUAAUGUUAGGCAUGAGAAAGAGGGGCAAAGACAGAGAAAAGGAGACAGAGAAAGAGAGAGAAGAGGAGAAGUCACUGAAAAGGGUGGGUCCACAGGCCAAGCUCAUGUGGUCCAUUGGCUUGCAGCGUGAGGGUGCCUGGAAGGCCAUUGUGGAGGAACCACAUCUUGACCACAUCCCAAGAUUGAAGAGGCAGAAGCUUCCAGAUAACUAUUUGUACAUCCCUACAGAACCAUCAAAGCAAAAACAUCGACGUGAACUCAAGAAGGGUACCCGGCAACACAUUUUCCGUCUCAAUGAUAAGGAAAUUGACUGGGAUAAGUUUACAAAGUUCUACCAGACACUUGUAUCCCUGAAGGGGGAGGAAGAGGGUACUGAAUCAGCAGCUUGGCAGGAAAACUCCUCCAGGUUGCUAGACCUCUAUGGUUUGAGCAACCCAGUCAUCAGGGGCAUGACACAGCAGCUGUUGAUGGGCGAUCACCGCCAGCGCAAAUGCAUCAGAGGCAAAGUUGUGAAUCUGAGUGAGGCAGAGGCCAAUUUGGGUCAGCGAGUCCUCUAUGAACUGGUCCAACACUCUACCUCUGUUCUCCCCAGGCCCCCCACCUUGCACAGCAUCAUCCCACUCAGCUACCAGAAUAAUGUGCACUCCUUCAAACCUCAGGGCAUUGCCCGUUUUGGUACUAUGUUGCUCAAGUGGAAGACCUUAUCCAAAAGAAAACGGUCGAAGCUGUGCUUGUAUGUAGAUCCACGUGGUCAUGCCAAAUAA